UCACGUGCUCCCCGUGUAGAACCCUCCAGAUCAAAGAUGGCGGCGUACAUGCGAGUGUGGAGAUCGUACAGUCCCGCGUCCAGAAACGCCUCCUCAGUCAUGAUCAGAGCGGGCUUAAACGCGCUCUUCCCGCGCUCCUACACCUGCGUUUCCAGCAGGGCGUCGUUGCGCGCCGCCAGGACCGCGGCGUCGGCGCUCCCUGACCGCUGGGGUCGGCUCACGGCGCCGGGCUGCUCGGGCUCCGGCUGUCAGCGGCGCUUUCUCUUCGGGAACAAGGGCAGCGGGUUUUCCGGAGAGGACGGAGGCGAGAGCAGCGCGGGCUCCGCCGGGGACGAGGACUCCGGAGGAGAUGAAGGUCCUUACCCUCCUCCUCCUCAGAUGACCGCGCUCACGCCGAUGCUCGUGCCCGAGGUCUUCCCGAACGUGCCGCUCGUCGCCGUGAACAGAAACCCGGUGUUCCCGAGAUUCAUCAAAAUCAUCGAGGUGAAAAACAAGCAGCUGAUGGACCUCCUGAGGAGGAAAGUACGUCUGGCUCAGCCCUACGCCGGGGUUUUCCUGAAGAAGGACGAUAAUAACGAGUCUGAUGUGGUGGAGAGUCUGGAUGCGGUUCAUCACACCGGGACGUUCGUGCAGAUCCACGAGAUGCAGGACCUCGGAGACAAGCUUCGAAUGAUCGUGAUGGGACACAGGAGAAUCCGUAUCAGUAAGCAGCUGGCGGUGGAGCCGGACGAGGCGCCGGAGGACGAGGCGGAGCCCAGAGCCGCUCGCAGGAAGCAGAAGCGCUCUCUGAAGGACUCGGCGCCGCUGGCCGAGGUGAUGGAGGAGAAGGUGCGGGAGGCCGGGUUCACGGUGGAGGCUCUUCCUCUGCCCGGCGUCCUCAUGGUGGAGGUGGACAACGUGAUCCACGACGACUUCCAGGUCACGGAAGAGGUCAAGGCCCUGACCGCUGAGAUCGUCAAGACCAUCCGGGACAUUAUCGCUCUGAAUCCCUUGUACAGAGAGUCCGUGCUCCAGAUGAUGCAGGCCGGUCAGAGAGUGGUGGACAAUCCCAUCUACCUGAGCGACAUGGGAGCGGCGCUGACCGGGGCCGAGUCGCACGAGCUGCAGGACGUCCUGGAGGAGACCAACAUUCCCAAGCGGCUCUACAAAGCGCUGUCUCUGCUGAAGAAGGAGUACGAGCUGAGCAAGCUGCAGCAGAGGCUCGGCCGGGAGGUGGAGGAGAAGAUCAAGCAGACGCACAGGAAGUACCUCCUCCAGGAGCAGCUGAAGAUCAUCAAGAAGGAGCUGGGCCUGGAGAAGGAGGACAAGGACGCCAUCGAGGAGAAGUUCAGGGAGAGGCUGAAGGACCGCACCGUCCCUCAGCACAUCAUGGACGUCAUUAACGAGGAGCUCAACAAGCUGGGGCUGCUGGACAACCACUCGUCAGAGUUCAACGUUACCCGUAACUACUUAGACUGGCUGACCUCCAUGCCUUGGGGCACCAACAGUGAGGAAAACCUGGAGUUGAGUCGAGCUACAGAGGUUUUGGAAGAGGACCACUAUGGAAUGGAGGACGUCAAGAAACGGAUUCUGGAGUUCAUAGCCGUAAGUCAGCUGAGAGGCAGCACGCAGGGAAAGAUCUUGUGUUUCUAUGGACCUCCUGGGGUUGGAAAGACUAGUAUUGCCCGCUCGAUCGCCAGAGCACUUAAUCGCGAGUAUUUCCGUUUUAGCGUGGGAGGCAUGACAGAUGUGGCAGAAAUUAAAGGCCACAGGAGAACGUAUGUUGGUGCAAUGCCAGGAAAGAUCAUCCAGUGUUUAAAAAAAACUAAGACUGAAAACCCAUUGGUUCUUAUUGACGAGGUUGACAAAAUAGGUCGCGGUUACCAGGGUGACCCAUCUUCCGCUCUACUUGAGCUUUUAGAUCCAGAACAGAACGCUAACUUUCUUGACCAUUACCUGGAUGUGCCCGUGGACCUGUCCAAGGUGCUUUUCAUUUGUACGGCCAACGUUCUUGACACCAUUCCUGAACCUUUAAGAGACCGAAUGGAAAUGAUCAACAUAUCAGGUUACGUUGCUCAGGAGAAACUGGCCAUUGCUGAGAGAUACUUGGUACCCCAGUUGCGAACUCUAUGCGGUUUGGAAGAGCAGAAGGUGAAAAUUACCCCCGAGGCUCUGACCGUGCUCAUCAGACAGUACUGCAGGGAGAGCGGCGUCAGGAACCUUCAGAAGCAAGUCGAGAAGGUUUUCCGGAAAGUAGCGUUCCGGAUUGUGAACGGCGAGGAAACAGAGGUGAACGUCACUCAGGAGAACCUUCAGGAUUACGUUGGAAAGCCCAUCUUCACUGUAGACCGAAUGUAUGACGUCACACCGGCGGGAGUCGUCAUGGGACUGGCGUGGACAGCAAUGGGUGGCUCGACGCUCUUCAUCGAGACUUCUCUGAGGCGACCGAGGGAACCGCGAGGGAAAGACGGCCCCAAAGAGGGGUCGCUGGAGGUCACGGGGCAGCUGGGGGACGUGAUGAAGGAAAGCGCCAAGAUUGCGUACACGUUUGCGCGCUCGUUCCUCAUGAAGGAGCAGCCUGACAACGACUUCCUCGUGGGCUCCCACAUACACCUCCACGUGCCUGAGGGUGCGACUCCCAAAGACGGGCCGAGCGCCGGCUGCACUAUCGUGACGGCUCUGCUGUCCUUGGCCACCAACACCCCAGCGCGUCAGAACGUGGCCAUGACGGGAGAAGUGUCCCUGACCGGGAAGAUCCUGCCCGUCGGAGGAAUCAAGGAGAAGACCAUCGCUGCGAAGAGAGCCGGUGUGACCUGCAUCGUCCUCCCCUCAGAAAACAGAAAGGACUUCUCGGACCUGGCCGAGUACAUCACCGAAGGUCUGGAGGUGCACUUCGUGGAACACUACAGCGAGAUCUACAAAAUCGUGUUCUCUGGACGGUAACACGCUUCAUCUUUCGGUGCGCCGCGACAGAGAUCUCGAGCACAGAGCGGCUGGAUCCUCUGUGUCCUUGAGUUCGUGUCCCGCGGGAGCAGCAGGUAAAGCGUCCCGAUUCGUGGGACGUGGACCAGAACGUCAUCGGACCCUUGAGACUCUGGGAUCCGAGAUCGCCGCCUCCAGAGAUUUUAUAUUGAUUUCAUCUCCAGUGUCAUGUUUGUAAAUAGCUGCCUUAAUCGUAUUCUCUCAAAACAUUUACAAUAAAUAUAUAUAUAUUAUGGAACCGCUUGUGUGUUUACAAAAUAUAUAGGUGGUUCUAUAAUUGUGGGAGGCCCCAAAAAAGUAAUUUUUUUUUCCAAUGAUUAUAACUUUCGUUUAUUAUUCUUUACUAAUUGUUAUUACGAGAUGUCACAGUCCACAACAAUAAAAUAAUUUAUUUAAAAAUCA